CCUAAGCCCUCCCUCCUCUCUGCUCUGUCUCUCUUGGCCCAAGGUCUCUUCCGCUGCCACCCCCGUCCUGGACCCCCCGGUCUCUCGUCCCUCGUCCCUUGUCGUGUGUUUCCAUCAAUCAAUCAAUCUCCCAUCCUUCGCUGCCUCGUCCAUCCACAUUCCUUCUUGCAUCCCCUUCCAUUCCUUUACACCACCCUCGCUUUUUUUUUCUUCCUCUUCCCUUCCCUUUUACUCCUCACGCUCGCUCACUCCUGUCACCCCCACCUCUCCCCCGACCUCGUCUUUUCGAACGUCGAAUUCGACAUCCUCUCGCCUCCGUCAAGAAUCUUACCGGCGACGUCGAACCUCCCCCUCCUCCGAUUCUCAACCUGCGCCUCUUCACGCCGUGAAAGGGGUCUUUUCGUCGAGCCGAUCUAG